GCGGAGAGGCCAAUGUCCAUCUGAUCCCGACAGGACCGUGAAACGUCGCCCUGAAAGCGAUCAUCUUGAACGAAACCACCAAGUCGCCACAGCAUCUCCUUGCAAGCUACAUUCUGGCAAUUAUCACCGCAAGGCUCAGAUCUUGAGGAUUAGCCCACCAGAACAAUUCCCAGCAAUUCCGGCGACAGACACGCUUCGCGAUGGAUUUCAACAGCCUCAAGGAUACCGUGUCCAACCUGACACUCUACGACAUCAAGGCCGGCGUGCGAAAGGUUCAAAAUGCUGUCAUGAACUAUACCGAGAUGGAGUCCAAGGUGCGCGAGGCCACCAACAAUGAACCCUGGGGUGCAUCGUCGACUUUGAUGCAGGAGAUCGCCGACGGUACCUUCAACUACCAAACACUCAACGAGAUCAUGCCCAUGAUUUACCGUCGCUUCACAGAAAAGUCCGCCGAGGAAUGGCGCCAGAUCUACAAGGCCCUUCAACUACUAGAGUACUUGAUCAAGCACGGUUCCGAACGAGUGGUCGACGAUGCUCGGUCGCAUCUUACCCUCCUCAAGAUGCUGCGCCAGUUCCAUUUCAUCGAUCAGAACGGCAAAGACCAGGGUGUCAACGUCCGCAACCGUGCCAAGGAACUUGCCGAGCUCCUUAGCGAUGUCGAGCGUAUCCGAGCCGAGCGCAAGAAGGCCCGCGCAAACAAGGGCAAGUUUACGGGCAUUUCGGGUGGCAUGAGCUUCUCCAGCGGGAGCAGCGGCCGUUACGGCGGUUUCGGAAACACAUCCAGCGGCGGUGGUGGUGGUGGCAGCUCUACCUACGGUGGUUACUCUGGAGGAGUCUAUGGUGACGGAGGUGUUUUUGGUGGCCAGCCUUCCAACAACGACUUCCGCGAGACCCAGGCACGGGCAGAGCAGUUCGAGGAAUACGACGCCGGUGACUUCGACGGCGAGGCGUCAUCUCGUACCGCGCCAAGGACAACACGAUCCACGACAGAAAGAGCCGGUGUCAAGAAGACGAUAGCACCCGCCGAGCCGCCCAAGGAAAAGGAGCCCGAGGUCGACUUGUUCUCUUUCGACGAGCCCGCAGCACCAUCCAUCCCGGCCGCGCCCCUCGCUGCCGCACCUUCUACCGGCUCUGGGCUUGCGUCUCUAGCCGGCGGCGCUAAUGACGACGACGACGAGUUCGAUGAUUUCCAGUCCGCAGCCCCCGCCACUCAGUCUGCUUCUGCGAUCCCUCCCCCAAUCGCGUCCUUCUCUACCGGCACACAAUUUGCUGCCCCGCAACCAGUUUCGGCGCCUCAACAGGCCAACCUUAGCGGCAUGGUUGCCCUCUCCUCCAUCUCUCCUCCUCCCAGCUCCACCGCGACUCCUGCUGCCAACUUCUCGGCUUUCUCCACGCCCCUUUCGCCCGCCUCCCAGGCCCCCAGGCCAAUUAGCUUCCAGGCCAGUCAGCCCAACUACUUUUCCCCGGUACAGCUGCAGACCCAGUCCACUGGUUCCUCGCUUUCAGGAGCCAAGGCAACCGGUUCAGCUGCCUCCAAGCCGGCCGCUGGCGGUGACGCCUUCGGUGCGCUCUGGUCGCAGGCUAGUGCUGGAAUCAAGAAGAGCACGCCUACCACCAAGGGCCCGGCUAUCGGACAGCUGGCCAAGGAGAAGAGCAGUGCUGGUAUUUGGGGUACUCCUGCGCCCUCCACCCCGACCAGCGGUAGCAGGCCCACCACUGGCGGCAACCACGGGUUGGACGAUCUGCUCGGUUAAUUACCUGUUAAAAAGGGGUAUCUGGCACCGCUGUCAUUCACUGACGGAAGCGGGAUUCUUGGAGUAGAUCGAGGGUUCGCAGUUACACAAAGAGGAGAUGAGCAGUCAAUGAUUUAUAUUUCAAGUAAUGUUAUUGGAGGUAGGGGCGGGCGUCUUGCAGCG